AUGUGCGCUAAUGCCACACUUAUGCCUUCGACCUCACUGUCGCCGUGGGUAACAACAAGUCGAGCCUUAUUAUCCCGAUUAAGCCUUCUCUCUCCAUUACGAUCUCAUGCUCGCAAUCUCACUGAAUUUCAUAUCCGCCCGGACGAGCCGCACCGAAACUACUCACCCGGAGACUCCGUAAGAGGUGCCGUCGUUUUGACUGUUAUCAAACCCAUUAAGAUAACGCAUCUCACCGUCUGCUUACAUGGGUUUGCUCGUGUUUACAAGAAUGCUAAUGGCACCAACGAGCCUUUUGUUAAUCCUGGACUGACCGCUGCCCACGAUACAAGGAAAUUGCAACACCUACGCAAUCGCCAUGUAUCGAUUUUUCAGGAUGAAAUCGCGUUAUGCGGAGAUGGGCGACUUGAUGUUGGCAUUUAUGAAUUCAACUUUGAACUAGAUUUCCCGUCAAAAAGUCUUCCGACUAGUAUCGAUUUCGAGAGAGGUACUAUAUCUUAUUAUAUUACUUCUACCAUCACCUGGCCCACAUCCACUAAUGCCACAAGCACUUGCAGUCGGAAGGUCUCUCUAAUUGAGACCAUCGAUAUUGGUCAUUUAUUCCCACCAAAAUCUCGAACUAUCGCCCUCACGCCUACAUUACGGAAGAAAAAAAGAAAACAAGCAAGCUGGAGAGAAAAAAAAGCCGGCUAUCAUAUUGAUGUGGAGACCCAAAUAGAAGCAACACAAUCCCGUCCAUCUGAUGAUUAUGUCAGAACUAGUAGUUCGAUUGAUAAUCCUGAGAGUUCUCGGAAUUCAGAAACAAGUGAAAACCAGAGCGAUAUAAGCGUUGAGAAUAGCGCCAAUAGCACUGAAAUCAGCUAUCAGGUCACCGGCUUGAACACAUUAACUGCAGCGAGACUGUCAGAUGGCCCGUCAUUGGAGGAUCAAAACAUUAUGGCAACCAUAAAACCACUCAAGUCAGGCUGUCUUCCUGGAGACGUUCUACCAGUAAAAAUUUCUAUCAAGCACACAAAACCAAUCAGAAGCAUGCAUGGUAUAAUAGUAACACUUUAUCGUCAGGGAAGAAUUGACUAUAUUCUCCCCUUUUCUUCACCUUCACAUACUGAUCACAAAGAAUCCGCCAAAUCAAAGCACGAAGAGUACUAUCCAAAGUCAAAGACUGGACUAGGAGGAUUGUCCUUGACUUCGGCUGGGUCCAGUAGUUCUUUCCGCAAAGAUCUUGCGCAAGUUUUUGCGCCUCUCAUAGUUGAUCCAGUAACACUUACAGCUGUCGUUCAUGCAUCCGUAAGGAUACCAGAAUUUGCAUUCCCGACCAUAUGUGGCGUGCCGGGACAGAUCAUCGCCUUCAAAUAUUUCGUUGAGGUAGUUGUGGACUUAGGGGGGAGGCUUAAAAACCAACAUCGUCAUAUUCCUUUAUUAGGGACAGUCACAUUACCAACAGCUUCGAACUACAUCAGCUCAAAUAACACUUGGCAUGAGAAUAAUACCAAUAUGCUCGCAACAUCGGGUCGAAAUAUAGUUGGGACUGAGAGUAUUCGGCGAGAAAAAAAUGUGGUAGCGUGCUCAUUCGAAGUUAUUGUCGGUUCUAAAGACAGUUUACGUAAUCGAAAGCACAGCAAUAGCAGUAACAGCCCACAGUCAUGUGAUCAUACCGAAGUAGCCGCUGAGACUCCUUUGAACUCUAUUAUUUCUAAUCAAGAAAUGGAGAUCUCUUAUAUAACGAACGAGUCCGACCAUAGAUACUUGGACGAGCAAGCAAUACUAUACCAAGAAGAGAUCGACUGUUCUAGUACUGAAGUCUACUCAAAUGGUAGAAACAAAACUCGAAAUUUUCUAGGCCAUGAGAUCUUACCAUCACAUGGAUUGAUACCAGAUGUAUCUCCAGAUAUACAUUAUGAUGAGUCCGUAAAUGAAAAAGAGCGAUUAAAGCGCGCAGAGGAAAGAUUAUUACCUAGCUGUCCACCUAUGGAUACUGUUAGCUCAUCACGUAGUAUCGCUGUAACUGUACCACCGAGCGAAGAAGACGGGGAAUUUUAUAUGUCCAGAUUCAGGGCAUCUAAAACCACUAGCUCUAGCCAGGAGCCAAUGAUACCUAUUAUUACGGAGACUGGUGUGGCAGUUCUCGAGCGGUUUGAAGAUGAUAAGCAAGAGCUUAAGCGCCGACUGCUAUGUUCACAAGCUAGUGCGCCCUCCUACUUAUGUGGCGAGCCAGUAGACGCUGAUACUGCUCCAACAGCCCCAAGCCCCGAUGCUGUUGAAGAAUUAUCUCCACAGACUUAUCUACCUGACAGGCUGAUUCAUGAAUCAUGCGAAUCCUUACCACGCUAUGAAAAGUGA